AUGCAGAAACAUCAAUACAAUUCCAUGGAACCUCGAAAGGAGGAAUUCCAUUCUGCACCGCAACCGGUCCUGCAGGACCAUCUGGACGGCAUGCAUGCCAAUACAAGGCCUCCUCCUUCCUUUAACGCGUCGGAAAAUAAACCUGUACAUAAUUUCUCCAUACAGACUGGUGAGGAAUUUGCCCUCGAGUUCAUGAGGGACAGGGUGAAUGUGAAUCUCAAGAAGCCUUCAUUUCCGAAUGUUGUCGGCGAUCCUAAUUACUCGACAGGGUAUAUGGAAUUUAAAGGUAUUUUAGGCCAUAAAGGAUCUGAGAGUGGUUCCGAUAUUGAAAAAGGUCCGAAAGAGUUUGACAGAAGGAAUUCUGCUCUACAUCAGGAAAGAAGUAAUUAUGGCUCGGCUCGAUCAAUUCCUAGAACAUCGUCAAAUCAAGAUAACAACCGGGUCCUUCACGGUAUUUCUUCUUCUGGAUCUUCUAACAGCUUAUCAAUGAGGAUGAAGAUUCUAUGCAGCUUUGGUGGUAGAAUAUUACCGCGGCCAAGUGAUGGAAAGCUUAGAUAUGUUGGAGGUGAAACACGGAUUAUUAGCAUAAGAAAGGACAUAACUUGGCCGGAGCUUAUGCAGAAGAUAUCAUCAAUCUAUAAUGACACUCGGGUAAUAAAGUAUCAGCUCCCCGGAGAAGAUCUCGAUGCCCUAGUUUCAGUAACGUCUGAUGAGGAUCUGCGGAAUAUGAUGGAGGAAUGUCAUGAUCUACAAAGAAGGAGAGGAUCGUUAAAGCUUCGGAUGUUCCUAUUCUCUAUAUAUGAUUUGGAUGAUACUCAGUUUGGUCUAGGUAGCAUGGAUGGCGGUGAUUCUGAAGUCCAGUAUGUAGUUGCUAUUAAUGGCAUGAACGUGGAAUCAAGAAGCAACUCUAUACUUCGUUGUGCCGGAAGUUCUAAUGAUAUACAGGAAUUAGACCGACAAACUAUUGACAAGGAGACUAAAAGAGCUAUGGUUGAAUCAUAUGGUGUCGGCAGUUCUUCCUUGACUGGAAAUGUUAACCCAGUAUUGACAAUUCCGUCUUCGCAACCAAUGCUACCAACAUCCUCAAAUGCUUAUGAAGCGUAUCCGUUCUUUUACGAGGAUCCAAUCAUUCAACAAGGGGGAACUAGUCAAUAUCCAAUACAUAAUGGCCCUUUUCCUUCUAACAGUUCGGCUCGCAAUCUAGCAGACGCUCCGGUUUCCUUGCCUACUUUCGGUGUUGCGAGCCAAGGAAUUGUGAGCGAAGGACAAGCAUCCAGUGAGUUGCAAGUACAAAACUCUCUUCCUUCGCGUCCAUUUGAGGGAAGUUUGCAAGGUAAUUUAUCAGAGGCGACUGUUCCAGCUGCUGUAUCAGAAACACUUCAUCCUGCACUGCCAUUAGAAAACAAGAUUUCGGCCGCUGAAUCUGAAGUGCUGAAUCCUACACAGAUUUCAAGAUCUGGUGAAGAUGACUUCUAUCCUGCAUCCACAGAUGCAUUCAGUCGUGCUCUUGUUGAUGCUGAGUCCAAUAUAAUCGAUUUCAGUUGCCUUGAACCACCUCCACUUCCUAAUAGAGUAUAUUAUUCGGAGAGAAUUAUUCCCAGGGAACAUGCAGAUUUGUUGAACCGGUCUGCAAAGUCGGACGAUGCAUAUGGCUCACACUUACUCAUGGCAGACUUACUUUCUGAUUUGAAUCGUAUGAACUCAGUUAACGAAUCCAGUGACAUGUUUCACAAUGAGAAUCUGUCGAAUUUGAGCACGGUGUCCAACUCAUCAGCAAAGCCGUUGCGUGCUGAUGGCCAUGCCAUCAGCAGCAAACAUUUGCCUGAUGCAACAAGUCAGGUGAACCCAAAGUUAUUUAAGAUUGUGGAUUCUGAUUUGAAGCCAGUAUUGUCCGAUAGCAAAAUUUCUGAAAAUGAGACAAAUACCUCCAAAGAUAGCCAUAAAAUUCUCCCAGUGGAUGAAACCAAGAGCACAGAGAAUCUUGCUUUUCGCCGGGUUCCUUCUGUUGAACAUAAUGAGAAUCUAGCAUCUAAACUUCAAGACCAAAACUUGUCUGAGGCUCCUACAAGGGAACCUCUUGAUGCUAAAUCCAAACCUUCUCAGGGAGACAUUCUGAUUGAUAUUGAAGACAGGUUUCCUCGGGAUUUCCUUUACGAUAUGUUCUCAAAAGCAGUUCAUUCUGAGGAUUCCGCAAACAUUAGUCCAUUGCCAGCUGAUAGAGCAGGCCUGAGCUUGAAAAUGGAGAAUCACGAGCCUAAAAGUUGGUCAUAUUUUCAGAAGUUGGCGCAUGAAGGGUUUGAUAAUGUUUCUCUGAUUGAUCAGGAUAAUCUCGGGUUUUCAUCAGCUGUAAGCAAAGUAAAAGAAGGAGAUAGUAAGUUCAAUAUUUCCGCUCCUCCACCAGCAGACGUUAUUGUUUUGACAGGACCCAAGGAAUCUCAUUCCAACAUAAAUUAUGGAGAGGAAAGUCAGAAAACCUUACCUGUAACUACUAAACCCGACGCUAUUGUUUUUCAACCAGAAAACAACCCUUCUGAACUUAAGGGAAAUGAAAAUAAGAACAUCAACGCCGCCCCAGUGGAAAACAUUAGGCCACAGGAGUCUGAAUAUCAGGAUGGAAAUAAUGAGACAAGGGAUGUGGUUGUAGCUCCUCAAGAGAUUAGUUUUGAUGAGUUUGACAUUAGUACUUUGCAGAUCAUAAUGAAUGCGGAUCUUGAAGAGCUGAGAGAACUCGGUUCUGGCACCUUUGGGACUGUGUAUCACGGAAAAUGGCGGGGAUCAGAUGUUGCAAUUAAAAGAAUAAAGAAAAGUUGUUUCUCCGGUCGGUCUUCAGAACAAGAAAGACUGACGAUAGAGUUCUGGCGGGAAGCUGACAUACUUUCUAAGCUUCAUCAUCCAAAUGUGGUGGCUUUUUAUGGGGUAGUUCAAGAUGGACCAGGAGGAACAAUGGCGACCGUUACGGAGUUCAUGGUGGACGGUUCUCUUCGACAUGUUUUGCUACGAAAGGAUAGGUACCUUGAUCGUCGCAAGAGGCUAAUAAUUGCCAUGGAUGCAGCAUUUGGAAUGGAGUAUUUACAUGCAAAAAACAUUGUUCAUUUUGACUUGAAAUGUGACAAUUUGCUUGUGAACUUGAAAGAUCCUUUACGGCCAAUAUGCAAGGUUGGCGAUUUCGGCCUGUCAAAAAUCAAGCGGAAUACCCUGGUGACCGGUGGUGUGCGUGGAACUCUACCGUGGAUGGCGCCAGAGCUGCUGAAUGGGAGCAGCAAUAAGGUCUCAGAAAAGGUUGAUGUAUUCUCCUUUGGGAUUGUAUUAUGGGAGAUUCUUACUGGUGAGGAACCAUAUGCUAAUAUGCACUAUGGUGCAAUCAUAGGAGGUAUUGUGAACAACACACUAAGACCUACCAUCCCAAGUUUUUGUGAUCUAGAAUGGAGAACACUAAUGGAGCAGUGUUGGGCACCAAACCCUGCAGUCAGGCCAUCAUUUACAGAAAUAGCGCGCCGCUUGCGUGUGAUGUCUGCAGCUGCUAGUCAGACCAAAGGACAAGGACAUAAAGCAUCUAAAUGA